AUGAGCAGUUUCUAUCCCUUGAAGCCAUUUCUUUUCACUUUGUUCCUGCAAAUCUUCAUUCCCCCCGCAUUUGCAGAUAAUUACCAUAACAGUAACAAUACGAAUAUUACUAACAAUCCUUCGCCAUCGCCGUCCCUACGACCCGGUUCUUCUUCAUUCAAACCCAGCACAGCCGUGUUCAUAUUUCUCGCUGUUCUAUCAGUUUUGUUUUGCGUCAUCUUCCUUCUCUUACUCUAUUCUAAGCGUUGCGGAACUGAUAGUGACAAUAACCCAUUCGGUUAUGCCCACGCCUCGUCAUUGGUCUCUGUUGUUUCAGCUGGGAGAAACUCGGGGUUAAACCAGGUGGUGGUCGAGUCGCUUCCCAUGUUCCGGUUCAGUUCUCUCAGAGGGCAAAAAGACGGUCUCGAGUGCGCCGUUUGCUUAACCAGAUUCGAACCGAACGAGCUCCUACGACUCCUCCCUAAAUGCAAACACGCGUUCCACGCCGAGUGUGUGGACACUUGGCUCGACGCGCAUUCCACUUGCCCUCUCUGUCGUUACCGAGUCGACCCGGAAGACAUUCUCUUAAUACAAGACCAAGAUCUGACGACCGUUUCUCCCCCUUCUUCCUCCUCGAAUCGGCUUGAGGACAUCGAGUCAGAGCCUUCGAGGACGCGACGAGUUUCGGGGAGGCACUCGUACGCCGCCGGAGAACGAACGGGUAGCAGAACGACGUCGUGUUGUAGAAAAGACGGGCUGCUGCUGGUGAGGGAAGACGAGAGGAAGAAGAGAGUGGAGCACCGGAUAAUAGUAUCGGGUUCGGGUGGGGGAGCGGGAAAUGGAUUCCAUCAAAGGUGGAGCGACGUACAGCCGUCAGAUCUGUUGUAUCUACGGUCAGAAAUGAUAAUAAGUCAGAGUGGUAGAUUGGGCAUAGGAUCAGUGGGUGCAGAGGGGGAAAAUAAUAAUAAAAACAUGGGAAGAGAUGAGAAUGGAAAUGGAACGGGGAAGAAUGGUUCAGAGGCAUAGAGAGGCAUUGGUAGAAGCGUAAUAAAUAAUGGUGUCGGAAUUCACGGGAUUUAUUAGUAGCUUUUCGAGGUUUUUUUUUUUAAUUCUUUAGUUUUAAAUUUUUUUUUUGGCUGCGUCACGGUCCGUCCGUGAUUUUCUCAUUAAAU